AGCCGAGCGGAGCCGCCGAGCGCAGCCGCGCCGAGCCCCGCGCAGCGCCGGCAUUGUGCGGGCGGGCGCCCCGACACACGCACCGCAGCCGCCGGCCGCGCCGAGCGCCGCGUUCCCCGCCGAGCCCGCCGCCCCCCUCCCCCUCCUCCCCCAGCAGCAUGUCGGGCCGGUCGGUGCGGGCCGAGACCCGGAGCCGGGCGAAGGAUGAUAUCAAGCGGGUGAUGGCGGCCAUCGAGAAAGUGCGGAAAUGGGAGAAGAAGUGGGUGACAGUUGGCGACACAUCCCUAAGGAUUUACAAAUGGGUCCCAGUAACAGAGCCCAAGGUCGAUGAUAAAAAUAAGAAUAAGAAAAAGGGCAAAGAUGAAAAAUGUGGCUCUGAAGUGACCACUCCAGAGAACAGCUCCUCCCCAGGGAUGAUGGACAUGCACGAUGACAAUAGCAACCAGAGUUCAAUAGCUGAUGCUUCUCCAAUAAAACAGGAAAACAGUAGUAAUUCAAGUCCAGCACCAGAGCAGAACUUGGCAACACAAGCAGACGGCACUGAAGUCAAAUCUGACGAAACUCAGGCAGAGGCAAAGGAGCAGCCUGGCUCAGAAGAUACCUCUGAUGAACAGAAUUCACAGUCUUCAAUGGAAAAUUCCAUGAAUAGUUCAGAGAAAGCAGAAAUUCAGUCCUCUGGAGAAAAUGAUAUAAUUACAGAGGCAUCUAAAAACUCUCAGGACUCUGAAGGAGUGCCACCUUCUAAAAAGAUGAAAGUAGAGGCUUCCCAACAAAAUGUUGAAGAGAUUUAGACUAUAGAUCUUUCUGGUCAGAUUUUAUGUAAGGUACAUCAGUGGGCUUAAUUAUAGAACAACCUUACUUAAGCAUCUUCUCUUGGAUGAGGACAGAACUCCUAACUUUUCAAGUUACCAAGCAAAAAUCCAAGAAAGCCUAACAAAGGUUUAACUUCUCAGACACUGAAAACUUUUUCCUGUGAAACAAACAUUGAGAACUUUUAAGUUACUGUCUCUGAAAUGGUUGGAGUAAACAACUCAGGAGGGGUCUACGCACUGUUUCUAAAGUCAAAAUUACAAUUAUGUUGCUGCUGUAUUUUUUUUUUUUUUCAUUUCUCUAUUUAACAUUGUAAGAUAUUUAAGGAUGGUACAGGUCAGGUAUUAGCUUUCAUGUGAAGUUCAUUGUUCUGGCGUGAUGUCUGCUUUUGUUUUGUGCCUUGUGUUCUGAAAACAGUGCUAACUUUUAAAAGUUGUUUUGCAACUGUCUCCUUUGCAAAGUGGCCUAUGUUUGUAUAAUGCCAUGUAGAAAGGCUUUUUUUUUUCCUUUUUUUCUUUCUUUUUUUUUUUUUUCUUUUUUGUUUGUUUUGUUUGGGGUUUUUUUUUUCUUUCGUUUUUAAGUUUUAAAUCCCUGGUGCUUAAAUUUUUAAACAACUACAGAUCAGGAAGCCAUUUUCACUCUUGGAGUCCAAGGAGAAAAAGGAGCUUGAUGUUUUAUUUUAGCAGCUAUAGUGGAGAUCUUUUAUUGAAUGCAUGGCAUUCGCAACUGUAAAUUUGGUCUUCUAAAUACUUAACUUCAUCAGAAGUUAACAUGAUCUGUUUACCAUUUAUAGUCCAGAUCUGAAUAUUUACUAUAACACAGGCACUUAAAAUACUUACGUAUUAGGUCCAGAUCUCUGUACUGGGUACAACUUUACAGCAAAGUUCCACUAUGUACAUAAAUAGGAUCAAAGGGAUUGAUGCACAGUCAGUUUUAUUUUCAAUUGGUCUUUUUUGAUAUCAUGUUUUCACUGAACUGGAUUUCACUGUACUGUUUCAUUGUGAGAUGUUUACUUCUGUGUUCCAGGAAAUUACUGUAUUGGGGGUUUCCUUCUCUCUUUCAGCAAGUCUUGUAAAUAAGCCUUGUUGUCUCCACAGUCCCCACAUCAGUUAGAAAUGUUCCUUCUCUCCCCACUCAAGUGUGCUUAUGCUAAACUUGGUGGAAAGGCACGAGGUAGGUGCAACUCCCUUCAAAUUCGUGGCGAGCAGAACCAUCUGCGUCAGGUCCCAAGGGUCUGGUCUUCCAGUGGGCUUUGUACUUCCAGGGAAUAAACCCCCGGUGUCGGUGGAACCGCUCCUUUCCCGCUUCCGUGCACAC